GUCAGUGUUUUGCUAGUUUCGCUCUUGAACACGGAAAAGAGAAAUCUCUGUUCACAAGUCCCAGCUUGCAAACAUGACGCAAAAGAAGAUUACCACAAUACUGUUCGAUUGCGACAAUACGCUCGUGUUGUCCGAAUCGCUCGCCUUCGAAGCCUCCGCCGACCUCACAAAUGAGAUCCUCGCCAGCCAAAACAUUCCCCGGCGCUUCACCGGCCCUGAACUCCAGACCGAGUUUGUCGGUCGGAGUUUUGAGGAUAUGAUGAAAAUACUGGCAGAAAUGUACGAUUUCAAAGCCCCACUCUCAUCUGCCGCACUACAGCAUUAUGCCAACAUUGAAGAUGAGCUUGUGAUGGCCAAGCUGGAACAAAAGCUCAUGCCUUGUGAUGGCGCAAACGAGGUACUGAGCGAGCUCGUGAAAGACCAAACAUUCCACCUGGCAGUUGUUUCAGGCUCUGCACUGCGCCGCGUUCGGUUGUCUCUGGAAAAGGCAGGCCAGAGAGCGUUCUUUGAUGCAGACGACGUCUUCAGCGCGUCGUGUUCGUUGGAAUGGCCUGUAUCGAAACCCGAUCCUGCAAUAUAUUUGCAUGCGAUGCGAUCAUUGAGGCGGGUGCCACAAGAGUGUGUUGCGAUAGAAGAUAGCAGAUCUGGGGUAAUUUCGGCGCGGGAGGCGGGAAUCCGGGUGGUUGGGUAUACAGGGUGCCACAAGGAGCGCAAGGAUAGGGAGGCGAUGGAGAGGGUACUCCUGGAGGCUGGGUGUUCAGUAAUUAUGGACCAUUGGAAGGACUUUGAAAUGUGUUUAGAGGAGAUUGAAAGUAUGGUUCAUACAGGGUAAAUUGGAUAGUGCUCUUGUUCACUUAGUAGGAACGAGAUUUUAUGGAUGGGAAUCUUUUUAGAUCGAAACACAAUCAAUCACCUACUCGAC